CGCCUCUUCGACACCCUGGGGCACUUCGGCAGAUUCCAAGCAUGUAUCUAUUUUGCAUCUGUCUUUCAAGCUAUGUCAUGUGGCAUCCAUUACUUGGCUUCCGUUUUCAUGGCUGUUACUCCCAAAUUUGUAUGCAGUAUCCCUGGAAAUGUGAGUAGUGUUCUGUACUACAACUCCUCUGCUUCAAGUAUAGAGGAUGUCUGGACACUGUGGACAUCAACUGAUAAUUAUAUUGUGGCCCAGAUGGAAAACGGAGAAAUCUGGGAACUGAAUCAGUGCAGCAGGUCCAGACGAGAGGGCAGUUUGGAUCUAGCAUAUGAAUAUAAUGGCAACAAGUCUGUGUUUUCCUGUUCUCAUGGAUAUAUAUAUGAUCACACUAAAUGGACGAGCACCAUUGUUACAGAGUGGGAUUUGGUCUGUAAACGAGAAUGGCUUGCAAAAUUAACUCAGCCCACCUUCAUGCUUGGAGUCCUAAUUGGAGCAGUGAUUUUUGGUGAUAUUGCUGACAGAAUGGGAAGACGGCAUAUAAUGUGGUUCACAAGCAUUGGCCAGUUUUUAUUUGGCAUUGUGGUGGCAUUCACAUUUGACUACUACAGUUUUGUGGUUGCACGUUUUCUCCUUGCAAUGGUUUCAAGCGGCUAUCUGGUCGUGGUUUUUGUUUAUGUGACAGAAUAUGUUGGCAUUAAAGUUCGAACAUGGGCAUCUAUGCAUGUCCAUGCUUUUUUUGCUUUGGGCGUUAUGGUAGUGGCACUGGUGGGAUUUUUGGUGCGGACAUGGUGGGUCUAUCAGAUAUUUCUUUCCAUAACAACUCUUCCCUUUGUCUUGUGCUGCUGGAUGCUUCCAGAGACGCCCUUCUGGCUACUAUCAGUGGGGAGAUAUGAAGAAGCACAAAAAGUAAUUAAUAUAAUGGCGAGAUGGAAUAAAGUAAGCACUCCUUGUAAAAUUUCUGAACUGUGUUCAAUCCAACAAGAUGCUCUAGUCAGUAGCAGGACGGGUGAUAAUGACGUUUCUACAACGAAGAAGCACAACAUCUUAGAUCUGUUUUGUAAUAGGUACAUUGCAAGAAGGACCAUUACAGUCUGGCUGAUUUGGUUCACUGGGAGUUUAGGAUACUAUGUAUUCUCCCUGAGUUCCGUCAAUCUGGGAGGCAAUGAAUAUUUAAAUCUAUUUCUCAUAGGUGUUGUGGAACUUCCUUCAUAUGUCAUUGCCUGUAUUGGGAUGGACAAAUUAGGAAGAAGAAACACCUUGAUUCCAUCCCUUAUAUCCAGUGCGCUGAUCUGUGUUUUGAUUAUGUUGAUUCCUCAGGAUUUUAAUGCAUUAAUUAUCUUAGCAAAUAUGGCUGGAAAGUUCACCAUAGGUGUUGCAUUUGGCCUUAUUUACCUGUACACAGCAGAACUCUAUCCAACUAUUGUACGGUCACUUGCAGUUGGAAGUGGGAGCAUGAUGUGCCGUGUUGGGAGUGUGGUUGCUCCUUUUUGCGUUUACCUGACAAGUAUCUGGAUCUUCAUGCCACUGUCAAUGUCUAAGCCAAGGAUUGCCGUUAUUGGUGCUGGCUUGAUUGGCCUUUCCGCAGCAGUAUGCAUUUCAGAAACUAUCCCUACAUGUUCUGUGACUAUAAUUUCGGACGAGUUUACUCCUAACACAACAAGUGAUGUAGCUGCUGGGAUGCUUAUUCCACAUACAUAUCCAGGUACACCAAUUUAUCAGCAGAAGCAGUGGUUCAAGGAGACCUUUGAUUAUCUCUUUGCAAUCAAUAAUUCUUCUGAGGCUCCCAGUGCUGGCAUUAGUUUGGUAUCUGGCUGGCAGAUCUUUAAAACCAGCUCCAGUGCAGAGUUACCCUUCUGGUCUGACAUUGUGUUAGGAUUUCGGGCAAUGACAGAAAUGGAACUGAAGAAAUUUCCACAGUAUCGAUUUGGCCAGGCGUUUACUACCCUGAAAUGUGACUGUCCAUCCUAUCUGCUCUGGCUGGAGAAGAGGUUGAAAGGAAAUGGGGGUGAGGUGCAUGCUAAACGAAUAGCAAACCUGUGGGAUCUGCAGAACAACUAUGACAUUGUUGUCAAUUGUACGGGCAUUGGAUCCAGACAACUUAUUGGUGACUUAAAGAUAUACCCUGUCAGAGGUCAAGUGCUCAAGGUUCAUGCACCUUGGCUAAAUCACUUCAUCCGGGAUGGAGAUGGAUUAAGCUAUAUCUACCCAGGAAUACAUAAUGUAACGUUAGGCGGGACAAGGGAGAAGGGCAGCUGGAAUCUGUCCCCAGAUCCUAACAUUAGCAAAGACAUAUUUGAUAAAUGUUGUGCUCUUGAACCCUCACUUCAAAAAGCACAGGACAUAAAGGUGAGGGUUGGUCUGCGGCCAUCCAGGUUAGCUGUGAGGCUCCAGAAAGAGAUACUGGUCCAAGGUGAGAAAAAAUUGCCUGUGGUCCACAACUAUGGACAUGGUUCAGGUGGUUUUUCAAUGCACUGGGGCACUGCCAAAGAGGCUGCCCGACUGGUGGGAGAAUGCAUUGCUACUCUGCAGGACUCUCUUUCAAAGGCCAAGCUCUAAACUAAAUGGCCUCCUUUUUCAGUUAGCAGUGGGAUAAUGAUGAGUACAUCUACAUGCCACCCUCUGGUGACAUUGUUGAUGUGCUGUGCUUUAGUACUUCCUUUUGGGUUUUAUUUUAUUAAUAGAUUUAUUGGGCAACGCCAUCCAAAAUGAAGUACUAAAGCACGGCCCAGUGUUGCACUACAUCAUCCCCAAGGAAGUACUAAAGCACAGCACAGUAACUGCCCAGACUGCGCCGUACGCGUGGCGCACGGUUAUUUUUAGUUGCUACUUUGCCAUAGUAUCAUGUUAUAAUGGGGAAGUGUGCCACUACUGUGAAGUAGCUACCGGUUACGUGUAGACCAACAUGAUGGAUACAUCGCCGUAAUGUGUCACUACAAUGACGUAGUGUGACAUGUAAAUACUCCCAUUAAAUCUAUUACUAAAAUCUUCAGAAUGUUGUUCUGAAGCAAAUGUAAGGGUCCGUGUGCCAUUUUUGCCCAUGGCUGAGUUCCAGUUGGCCACAGGAGACCAGAGGGAAGCCAGAGAAUUUCUCUGGAAUAAUCUUAUCCAAGCAAAUCAAAUUAAAGCAACUUCAGGUUUGCUUUAAUGUAUGUUGCUUUUGAAAGGUCAGUAAUGGACCAUCCAUCAGUGAAAUGAGUUCUGCUCUACUUUGUCCCUUCCAGGCCUAACAUACCUCCAGCAAACCCCUUCUCCUUCCAGACUUCUCCUCUUCAAGGAGUAGGAGGGCAGCUGGCACAGGAACCAAUCUGUUGCUUACCUCUGCAAGGAUGACAAAAGACAUAGGCUCAUAGUAGAGAAUCUGGCACUGUCUCUUUCCUUUAGCUAAGAACAUAAUUCCAGAGUUAAUUCAGUAUAAAAUUAGCUAUCUGAGGGACAGAAUCAGCAUGUUAACACAGAUAAAGAAAAAAAGAUCCCAAACAAAUUUAAAAAACAAUACUAUAUUGAUGAUUUGAUAUGAUCACUUGAAAGAUUUCUUCUCUAAAAAAGUGUGUAGACUGUAGAUCUUCUCCAGAGGUUCAUUAAUGCAGAGUAAUGCUUCACAAGCCACAUACCUGAUAACAAUGCACCUACACAUAGCACUGCAGUUGGAUUCAGACACUUGGUUAUGCAGUGAGUACCAAAAAUCUCUGCAGAAAAAGCUUUCACCAGAAAAUCCUACAUCUGCAAUUGCUUUUAUCUAGUCCAUCUAGUUUCAGUAGUUCCCAACAUUUUAUGUAACUCUUUGUUUAUUUCCAGUAAUGGUUUUCAUAUUGCAAGCUACAGUAUGACUCAAUGCAUUAGCAUAUUUUAACUUUUGAUACUAGAAAUAAAACACAAUACUCAGUGGGUCUGGA